CUGAAAUACAAACACAGUAAAAUUUUUAAGACAUGAACGAUGACUGGAUUCGGGAUUUUUAUUUUAAUCUUUAGCAUCAUGUAUAAACUCCAACUUGGUAGACGGGUUACUGCACAAUCCCUCACAGAGUCACAAGUUUCACAGCCCGAUAAAGAGAUCAGUGUGAAUACUGGAGACUCGGCUACUCUACAAUGUUGCGUUUCUGAAAAAUUGGUUGGGAUGAUAGCUUGGUUUAAACAACCAAAUAGAAAACAGCCUGAGAUGAUAGUCAAACUCUUUAAAUUUGCUGGAGAUGUGUUUGAUAUUGAAUUUCAAAAUCCUCGCUUCCAGACAAAAAAAUAUUCAAACUGCUUUAAUGUUAUAAUAACCAAUGUCAGUGAGUCUGAUGAAGCCAUGUAUUACUGUGCACUGGCAUUUCCUGACAUCGUGUUUGCAGAUGGAACUUAUUUAAAAAACAAAGGUAAACAUGUUACUAUUAUAUCAGAAACAUCAAAUCCACCCUUGUAUGAUAAUUCAGUGGUGUGUGAACCAUCAGCACAUAGGAACAGCACCAACAUGAACACACAUGAGAUAACAGUGCUCAGUUUGGGGACGGCUUUGGGCUUGUGCGCACUUCUGAUAUUGUGUCUGAUUUAUUUAAUACUGAGGACAAGAAAACAUGAUAAAUUAAAUUCUUCUAUGGUACAUUCAUCAAGAACAAAGCAGGUAUGUGUGCAAAUAAAUAAAUAAAUAAAUAAAUAAAUGAAUGAAUAAAUAAUAUUGAAAUAUA